GAAGAGCUGCCAAUCAUCACACGUGUCAGGUUGCAGCUUUAAAUCAGUUUCAUUCUUCACCAUGUGGUCCGGACCCCCGGAACCAGGCGUCCCCGAGGAGAUGAAGGGCGCGGUGCUGCCCCCUGCCGGUCAGCGAGCAGCAGUGCGCCAUGUGACGGGGAACCUGUUCUCCAGCUGUGAGGACGAGGCUCUGGCUCACUGCGUCAGCGAGGACUGUCACAUGGGAGCUGGGGUCGCCGUCCUGUUCAAGCGACAGUUCGGAGGAGAAGCUGAGCUAAAGCAGCAGCAAAAGGUGACAGGACAGUGUGCUGUGCUGAAGAGAGACAGACGUUUCGUCUACUACCUGAUCACAAAGAAAAAGUACAACCAGAAACCCACUUACGACAGCCUGACCCUGAGCCUGGAGGACAUGAAGUCACACUGUGUGAAGAACGGAGUGACAAGAAUCUCAAUGCCUCGUAUUGGCUGCGGCCUGGAUCGACUGGAGUGGAGGAGAGUGGAGGAGAUCCUGGAGCAGGUGUUCAAACACACAGACAUCUCCCUCACAGUCUACAGCCUCCCAGUGAAAGCAGAGACCACAGUGAUGAAGGAAAACAUGCGCCGAUGAUGGAUGGAAAUGUUUAUUAUUAUUAUUUGAAUCAUGCACUUUUCUGUAUUCCCCUCCCCACACAUUGUGAUCAUGUGGAUGAUUAUGUCAGAACUUUUUUUUUGUACAAAUUAUACUGAAAUAAAUAUUCCUCUGUUCACCAAA